AUGUUCUCCGGCUCCUCCCUCUUUCCGCACUGGCGGCGCAAAGCAGCCGAACGCUCCAGUAAUAGUUCCUACGAGGUGCCCUUCUUCUUAAACGCUGCCUAUUAUCCCAAUUGGAGGAUAUACCGGAAACAGCCUCCGUCGGCCCUUCGAUUGGGCUUCAUUUCCCAUAUCUUCUACGCGUUUGCAUGGGUUAAAGAAGAUGGUACCGUUUAUCUCAGUGACGAAUGGGCCGAUGCACAAAUGCCCGUCGACGGCACUAACGGCUGCCUGCGGGCCUUCGCGCAACUGAAGCCGCAGUAUUCUAAAAUGAAGCUCAUUCUUUCAGUCGGAGGAGGCGGCAAGGGCAGCGAGAACUUCGCCCAAGUGGCCCGCAGUCAAUCUCGCACCGAGACGUUUGCUCGGAGCGCGAGGGCGCUGGUGGACCAGUUUGGUCUGGAUGGUAUUGACGUGGACUGGGAAUACCCCUCCGACCCACAAGAAGGAUCGGACUAUAUCCGUCUGCUGGCGCGACUGCGCGAAGUCCUCCCGGCCCCGCGUUAUGUUCUGGCCUCUUGUCUGCCGGCCGGUCCAUGGGCUCUCCGCAACAUCGAUCUUUCCAAGGCGCAACUCUAUCUCGACCUGAUCAAUAUCAUGGCGUAUGAUUUCUCGGGCCCCUGGGAGAACCAGUCGGGUCAUCAAGCCCAGCUCUUCAGCAAGCAUCCCGCAGCGAUUUCUUGCCAAAACUCCAUCUCAUACAUACUCAACCAGGGCGUCGAUCCCAAGAAGUUACUUCUCGGGAUCCCCGCGUAUGGCCGCUCGUUCCUGGGUAGCAGUGGAGUUGGUCAGCGGUAUGUAGGCUGUGGCGGUGAAGACGGCGUCUUCGACUAUAGCCAGCUGCCGCGACCGGGAGCCAAGGAGCAUCACGACAGCAGUCUGGGAGCAGCAUACUGCGUAGGCGGUGAUGGCGGGUUUGUCACAUACGACACGCCCCAAACAGUCCAGCAGAAGGCGAAAUUCGUCACGAAAAUGAAGCUGGGUGGGCUAUUCUAUUGGCAUAUUGGAGGCGACGCGCGGGGACCGCGAAGUCUGAUUGAAACAGGGUAUAACACAUUGCAUGACAUGUAG